CCAGCCGAGAAGGACCCCGGCCUGAGUGGCGAGGGGACGACCUGCGCACUGAACAGUCCCGGAAGCCCGGCCCGUGGCGGACGGCCCUCGGUCCCCUCGUCUGGGCGCGCUGAGCGCAGGGUGGCGCUGUCCUCACCCGUGCGUAAAGCGCCAAAGGGCGUUUCCAGGCGGAGGAAACCGACACGUGACGCGUGCUGGGGCUGCUGCCUCCUCCAGCUCCACCAAGUAGGUGAAUCCCCCACUUUGCAGAGGUGGAAGCUGUUCAGGCCUCCCUCUGUGCACUUUGCAAAAGCCUCUGCCCUUCCAUCUCAAAGUCCUUGGCACCGAUCACACUUCUUCCGCCUGGAAACCUGGAGCCGUCUCUCGCGAGGCGUCCUCUGCCUUGUAGAAGGUGGUUUCGGUUCUUGGUGCACAGUAGCCGCCCCACUUGCAGGAUUACAAGGCCUGAUCCCGCGCGGGUGACUGGCUGUGGAUUCGCCGCCGUCCCGCUGGACGCCCGGAGGCUCGAACCCCGCCGUCCCCAGGCCCCAGGUUUUGCCCCCACCCCGGCCUUCGCCCACCCUGCUGCCUUUCCUCAGAUCUGGGCUGUCGGGAGAGCCUGAGAUGUUCGCCCUUCCUCAAAAGAACUUCAGGGCUCCCACCACCUGUCUGGGCCCCACCUGCACUCAGGACAUGGAUCGUAGCCAUGGGGAUGAUCUGGAAGGAGAAUGCUCUAGAAAACUGGACCAGAAGCUCCCUGGAGUGGGUGAUCCUGUCAUGCUCUCCUCUGAUACCUCCUACCUGUCCUCUAGAGGAAGAAUGAUUAAAUGGUUCUGGGAUUUGGCUGAGGAGGGCUACAGGACCUACCACAUGGAUGAGUAUGAUGAGGACAAGAACCCCAGUGGCAUCAUUAACCUCGGCACCAGUGAGAACAAACUCUGCUUUGACCUGCUGUCCAGGCGGCUGAGUCAGAGCGACAUGCAGUGGGUGGAGCCGUCUCUGCUGCAGUACCCCGACUGGAGGGGACAUCUGUUCCUCCGGGAGGAAGUAGCCAAGUUCCUGACUUUCUACUGCAAAAGCCCAGUACCCCUCAGACCAGAGAAUGUGGUGGUUCUAAAUGGUGGUGCCUCGCUGUUCUCUGCUCUGGCCACGGUGCUGUGCGAGGUUGGGGAGGCUUUCCUGAUCCCCACCCCUUACUAUGGAGCCAUCACACAGCACGUCUGUCUCUAUGGCAAUGUCCGACUGGCCUAUGUCUACCUGGACAGUGAGGUCACUGGGCUAGACACACGCCCCUUUCAGCUCACAGUGGAGAAGCUGGAGACAGCCCUUCGAGAAGCUUACUCUGAGGGUGUGAGGGUCAAAGGCCUCAUCCUCAUCAAUCCCCAGAACCCUCUGGGUGACGUCUACUCCACGGAAGAGCUGCAGGAGUACUUGGUGUUUGCCAAGAGGCACAAGCUGCAUGUGAUUGUGGAUGAGGUCUACAUGCUGUCCGUGUUUGAGGAGUCGGUUGGGUACCACAGUGUCCUAAGCCUGGAAAGGCUACCUGACCCGCAGAGGACCCAUGUGAUGUGGGCGACCAGCAAGGACUUCGGGAUGUCUGGGCUCCGCUUUGCCACACUGUACACAGAAAACAAGGACGUGGCCACUGCUGUGGCUUCUCUCUGCCGCUACCAUGGCCUCAGUGGCUUGGUCCAGUACCAGAUGGCACAGCUGCUCCGGGACCGUGACUGGAUCAACCAGGUGUACCUGCCGGAAAACCAUGCCCGGCUCAAGGCUGCCCACACCUAUGUCUCAGAAGAGCUCAGGGCUUUGGGGAUCCCCUUCCUGAGUCGUGGGGCCGGCUUCUUCAUCUGGGUGGACUUGAGAAAGUACCUGCCCAAGGGCACCUUUGAGGAGGAAAUGCUGCUCUGGCGCCGCUUUCUGGACAACAAGGUGCUGCUGUCCUUUGGCAAGGCCUUCGAGUGUAAAGAGCCUGGUUGGUUCCGCUUUGUCUUCUCGGACCAGGCCCACCGACUUCGCCUCGGGAUGCAGAGGGUCCGGCAGGUGCUUACAGGCAAAUCCCAAGUGGCAGAAGACCCCCAUCCCUCUCAGACCCAGAAGCCAAGUGACCAGUGCAGGUGAGCUGGCCAUUGCCUCGUGGCCAGAGGGCCCAGCAGCCACUGUGGACCUGGGGCGUUCCAGGACUGCAGAAGACCAACUGUGGAGGUGCCAUUUGCCAGGAAGGUAUCUAAGUUGGCUUUGUGCCUGAAGAACUGUUUUCUGCCUUUCACUGUAGCAGUGCAGAACUCCUCAAGCUGUGCUUCAGCCCGGGCCCUCCCUCUCCGAUUAAACAGAACUAGGAGAGUCUGGAUGUCUCCAUUGUGAGUUAUUUAGAACAGAGGAGUCGUGACUGCUUCUAACCAGAGCCUCAGCCCCCCUGAGGAUGUAAAGAGAAAACAAACCACCUGUACUUUCUUUCCGAUAGCACCGUCAUUCCUCUUUCUUUGUCGCCAAGGAAACAAGUCAAAGGAACAGCACACACAGGAGUUUGCAGAAAAAUAAAACAAGUGAUCACUUCCAAACUCCAAAGAGAAUGGAAUGAAUGUUGUUUGUUCAGAUUGUUCUUCCCACGCUUGGGACAGUUGCGCUCACAGCCCCCAGUAUCCAGGGACCGUCCUCUGCUUGGGACGAGGGGAACAGGACUCCACGGUAGAAGUCAGGAGAUGCGUCUUUAUGGGAGCCGAAGCGGUCCCUCAAUCUCCAGGAAGCUCCUUUUCCCUCUGCCUUUGAAGAGCUGCUUUCACUGAUGUCCCCAAAGCAGAGUGACCUAGUGAUGGUCGUGAGGGGAAGAUUUGGGGCUGGAACCCUGAACUGGGGCUGCUGUGAGGCUAAGCUAACCAAGGCUGGCUUUUCUACUAUAGGGAUGCAGAUGAGGGCCACCUACCCCAUUUUUAGGGGUGCUUUAAUUUACGGCUAAAUGAGCUUCCAGAGCCACCCACAGAGCUGUGCGCUGUGGACCCUUCCCAGGUGCUGACACUCCUGCUUGGAAAAGCCAACACUUCUUGUUUCUCUCUCCUUCCUUCCUCUCUCUCUCUCUCUCUCUCUCUCUCUCUCUCUCUCUCUCUCUCUCUCUCUCUCUCUCUCUCUCUCUCUCAGGUCAGUACAACCUCUGCCUCCCAGGCUCAGGCGAUUCUGCUGUCUCAGCCUCCUGAGUAUGUAGGAUUACAGUGUGCACCACACACCUGGCUAAUUUUUGAGAGAUGGGAUUUUGCCAUAUUGGCCAGGCUGAUCUCGAAUUCCUGGCUUCCUCAAGUGAUCCACCUGCCUCGGCCUCCCCAAGUGCUGGGAUAACAGAUGUGGGCCGCUGUGCUUGGCCAAUUAUUUUUAUAUAUCUCUAUGCAUCUUUCUACAUAUGUAUGUAUGUAUCUAUCUAUUUCCAGUAUUCCAAUGUCUGAAAUUUUUGCUGGUUGGUUUCUGCUAUUGUGUCUCAUGCCUUGAUUCUUUGUGGGUUUAGUGAUUUUUUAAAGGUGAGUUGUUCAUUUUGUGGGGGAAAUUUAUUUGUUGGAAUUCUUUCAAGUCUUAGAUGAAAACAGAUUCCUCAAGAGAGUAUUUGUGUUUAUUUCUACCAGGCAACUAGAGGCAAUGCCAGUCUUUAGAGAAAAUGCUAGCACUUUUUUUUUUUUUUUUUUUGCUAUCAGCUGCUGUGAAUUUGGUCUGGAAAUCUAGUCUGGCAAGAGCCAGCUUUUGGUUACAACUUCUCGGGUGAACCUCCCUCCAUUAACACUAAGGUUUGAGACAGCUUUCCUUGCAGUCUUUUGAAGAGGGAGGAAAGGAUGUGAUUCUGGGUUAGCUUAUUCUGUGGAGUCAGCUUUUUGGAGUCCUGGCUUUAUUGGAGAACAGUUUCCUAGUAGAUUUCUUGUCUUUGGUCAAGAGAGAUGCCUCAAGAUGAAAGCCAGCAUCAUAGUUGUCACUCAGCCCCAUGCCUGAUCAUUCCUUUGUUUUGUUCCAGCUAAUGCAUGUGCUUGUGAAAAUUGUUUUUGUUUUUGUUUUGAGAUGGAGUUUUGCUCUCGUUGCCCACGCUGGAGUGCAAUGGCGGGAUGCUGGCUCACUGCAAGUCCCACCUCCUGGGUUCAAGCAAUUCUCUAGCCCCAGCCUCCCGAGUAGCUGGGACUACAGACACCUGCCAUGGUGUCCGGCUAAUUUAUUUAUUUAUUUAUUUUUGUAUUUUUAGUAGAGAAUGUAUUUGUUUUUGUAUUUUUGUAUUUUUUUUUGUAUUUUCACUAUGUUGGCCAGGCUGGUCAUGAACUCCUGACCUCAGAUGAUCUGCCCGCCUGAGUCUCCCAAAGCGCUGGGAUUACAGGAAUGAGCCACUGCGCCCAGCCCGAAAAAUGUGUUUUGAACCCAGCGUUGUUAUUUGUUUUCAGUGUCUGUGGUGGUGGGGUGGGGAGGGUCUGUCUCACUGUAAAUGACUACAAGGGCUUUUCCAUUUGCACUCUCAUGUAAUCCCGACUUCAUCACAAGGCAGAUAUUGCUGUCUUGGUUAUGUUUUUAAGUAGAAUGUCCAUGUUUUAUAGCUUUUCACUAUUAUGAAUAAUGCUGCUGGACAUUUUUGAAUAUGACUUUUUGGAACACAUAUAUACACAUUUCCUUUCGAUAUAUGCCUGUGGAUAGAAUUGUUAGAUAAUGAGGUAAGCUCAGCUUUAGUAAAUACUGCCAAACAGUUUCCUAAUAUGAUUCUACUGAUGUAUAGAAGUGUAUAAAAAUUCUACUAGCUCCACAUCCUUGCCAGCUCUUAGGUAUUAUCAGGUAAAAAACAUAUGUAGAAGUAUCUCAUUGUAGGCUGGACAUGGUUGCUUUGCCUGUAAUCCCAGCACUUUGGGAGGCUGAGGUGGGUGGAUCACCUGAGGUCAGGAGUUCAAGACCAGCCUGGCCAAAAUGCUGAAAUGCUGUGUCUAUUAAAAAUAUAAAAAUUAGCCAGGCAUGGUGGUGGGCAUGUGUAAUCCCAUCUACUCAGGAGGCUGAGGCAGAGAAUCAUCUGAACCCAGGAGGCGGAAUCAUUUGAACCCAGGAGCAGUGAGCUGAGAUCAAGCCACUGCACUCCAGACUGGGCAACAGAGCAAGACUCUAUCUCAAAAAAAAAAAAAAAAAAAAAAAAAAGCAUCUCAUUGUAGUCUUCUGUUCUGGUACAAAAACCACAUAAUAUAACAUUUACCAUUUUAACCAUUUUUAAGUGUACACUUCAGUAAUGUUAAAGUAAUGUUAAGUACAUUCCCAUUGUGGUUAAACAGUUCCAGCUCUCCAGGAAUUUUUCAGCCUGCAAAACUGAAUCUCUAUACCAGUUAACCCACUCUUCCUCUCAGCUCUUGGUAAACACUGAUCUACUUUCUUUUGCUAUGAAUAUGACUACUUUAGAUAACCCCUAUAAAUGGAGUCACACAAUAUUGGUCCUUUUGUGAAUAGCUUAUUUCACUUCACAUAAUGUCCUUAUGGCUCAUUCAUGUUGUAGCAUGUGACAGGCUAUCUUUCCUUGUUAAGGCUGAAUAAUGUUCCAUUGUAAGUGUAUACCAUUGUUUUAUUUAUCUGUUCACCUAUUCGUGGUCAUUAAGUUGCUUUCUCCUCUUGGCUAUUGUGCACAGUGCUGCUGGCAGAGCAGGAGCAUUGCCAUCUUGGAAAAGCACUGUCAUUUUAAAGUUCAACUUGAUCAAAAACUGCCCAAAUCCAAAGGGUGUCAGUCUAAUGGCUAAGGUCAGCAAGACCAGAUACCACAGAUAACAUCUCUGACCAGAAACAUUCCAGACCCCUCCCCACGACCAGAAACAUGCCAGCCCUGAGAUAGCACCCUCUCCAGCCAGGGAGAUGUCAGCACCAAGAUAACCUCCCCUCUGACCAGAGACAUUCCAACCCCACUGUAAACUUCUUCCCCACACAUAAACAUUCCAAGCCUGUGAUAAGCAGUCUCACCCUGACCCCUUAAAUAAUCUUAGCCUGUAAGAGAACGUGGUCCUGACCAAAAUCAGCCCAGAAGUCCCUCUCAGGUUUAUUCUCCAAAAUAAAUCUAUCGUUGACUGUUGAGCUGCUUUUCACGUUUCUUUCUUCUUUCUUUAACUCUUACACUGCUGUGAACAUGGGUGUGUAGUUAUCUCUUGAAGACCCUGCUUUCAGUGCUUUUGGGUAUAUACCCAGAACUAGAAUUGUUGGAUCAUAUGGUCAUUCUAUUCUUAAUUUUAUUGAGGAACCAUCAUACUGUUUUUUAUAGCAGUUGCCCUAUUUUGCAGUCUUGUCAGCAGUGCACAGGGCUCCAGUUUUCCCAUGUUAUCACCAGCACUUGUUUAUGUUUUUGUUGUUGGUGGUGUGUUUUAAGAUGGAGUCUUGCUCUGUUGCCCAGUAUGGAGUGCAGUGGCAUUAUCUUGGCUCACUGCAACCUCUGCCUCCCAGGCUCAAGUGAUUCUCUUGCCUCAGCCUCCCAAGUAGCUGGGAUUACAGGCACGCACCACCUCACCUAAUUUUUAUAUUUUUGUAGAGACAGGGUUUCACCAUGUUGGCCAGGCUACUCUUGAACUCUUGACCUUAGGUGAUCUGUCCACCUCGGCCUCCCAAAGUGCUGGGAUUACAGGCAUGAGCCACCUUGCUGGCCUUAUGUUUUCCUUAUCUUUGGAUAUGAGACAAUAUCUCAUUGUGGUUUUAAUUUGCAUUUCUCCGAUAGUGAUGUUUAACAUCUUUUCAUAUGCUUCUUGGCCAUUUGCAUAUCCUUAUUGGAGAUACCUCUUUUCCAUGUGGUUUACAUUUCCUGUUGCUAAUGAUAUUGAACAGGUCUUCAUAUGUGUAUUGGCCUUUUACAUAUAUUCUUUUAUGUGGUGUUUGUUUAAGAAUUUUGCUCAUUUAAAAAAUUGCCUUUUUCUUAUUGAAGUGUAGGAGUUCUUUACAUAUUCUAGAAAUGAGUUCUUUGUCAGAUACCUUUAAAUUAUCAACAUUCAUAGUUAAUAAAGUCUAAAUUGUAUCUUCUUUAUUCUCUCCCUGAACGUGAAAUGAUCGCAGAACAUUGAGCUCUUACUCCUUUGCUUUCAUCUCAUGUGACAUUGUUGACUGGUCUAUUAGUUUCACCUAGUUUUUUUUUUUUAAUUUUUGAAAUGGAGUUUCGCUUUGUCACCCAGGCUGGCGUGCAAUGGUGCAGUCUCAGCUCCCUGCAACCUCUGCCUCCGAGGGUCAAGCAGUUCUCCUGCCUCAGCCUCCUGAGUAGCUAGGAUUACAGACAUGAGCUACCACACCUGGAUAAUUUUUUGUAUUUUUAGUAGAGACGAGGUUUCACCACAUAGGCCAGGCUGGUCUCAAACUCCUGACCUCAGAUGAUCCGCCUGCCUCGGCCGCCCAAAAGUGCUGGGAUUGCAGGCAUGAGCCACUGUCCUGGGCCCUAGUUUUUAAACUUGUAAAUUAUUUUUCUAGUUUUAUACAGUCAGUAUUUGUUUUGAUUUACCCACAGGCUUAUCAAUUUCACUGUUUCCUAGCCCAACUUCAUUGCAGUACUUCCUUCUGGUUUUAAUUUUUUUUCUUCCUGAAAUACAUUCUUAAGAAGUUCCUUUAGGAAGCAUCUAUUGAUGGAAUUUUUUCUAUUUGUGUUUGUCUAAGAUAUCUUUACUUUCCUGUUAUUCUUCAGAGGUGGUUUUACUGGGUAUACGAUUAUGCCUCAUUCACUGUUUUCCUCUCCGCUUUACUCCCACAAUUUUAUGGCUUUAGGUUUUUGUUGAGAAGUCUGCAGUUAGUCUCAUUAUUAGUUCAUUACAGGUGAUCAUCUCUGCUCAAUUUUGGAAAAUUCUUAGCUGUGAUCUCCUUGGAUAUUACCUUCCCCUCAUUUUCUCUAUCCUCUCCUUUUAGAUAUGUGAUGUUUUCUUCUUCUAUCAUCUCCCUCUCUUAACUUCUCUUUCCCAUAUUUAAUUCCUUUGUUUCCUGCCUUUCAGAUCUACUGUUGUUUCUAACCUACUAUUUGACUUAUGCAUUGAGUUUUCAAUUUUGAUGUUUAUAUUUAGUUCAUUUUCAGUCUCUUUAGUCUUUUAAAAAUGUAACAUCUCAUUUCUUUGAAAUGUUUUCUAUUUAAGUCUUUGAGUGCUAUGAGCAUACUCAUUUUAUAUUUAUAUAUCAUAAUUCAAUUAUAUAUGAUUCUUGAGGGUUAAAUUGCUGCUGUUUGUGACUUCUGCUGACUCUUGCUCAUAGUGGUUUGCUUCCUCACAUGCUUUGUAGUUCUGAAUUGCGAGUUCACAUUUGUCAGAAUCCUAGGCAGCUUGUGUUGGAGAUAUGGGCCUCCAGAGGGGAUUUGUUUCCUUCUGUGGGUGUCUUCGAGCACUACCAACCUGGGAAUACUUUAUGUUACUCUCUUGGCCUGGAGCUUCCUAGACCAUGCUGGUAGUAUAAAUUCAAACCCCAGAUUGUCAUAAAGCUUGAUUGCUAUGAACUGAAUGUCCAUCCCCUCCACCACACACACACUUCAUUCAUAUGCUGAAGUCCUAAUCCCCAGUGUGAUGAUAUUUGGAGGUGGGGCCUUUGGGAUAUAACUAGGUCUUGAAGAUGGAAUCCUCAUGAGUGAGAUUAGUGCCCUGACAAGAAGAGACACAGAAAGGUCUUUUUCUUCACCAUAUGAGAAUACAGCAAGAAGGUAACCAUCUGGAAACAAGGAAAAGAGCUUUCAUCAGGAACCAAAUUGGCCAGCACCUUGAUCUUGGACUUCCCAGCCUCUAGAACUGGGAGAAAUAAAUUUCUGUUGUUUAAGCCA